GGAUUGGAGCUACUGGUGGCAGUGUGUUGGUUCAACGAGCCACCGAAUGAGAUAUUAAAUGGAGGCCCCACAGGAGAGUGAGUGAGACCAAGAGAUGCCCCAACUUUGGAACACAUGCGAAGAAGCAAAACUGAGCCCCCAGACAGUUGCUACUCUCUCGCCCGUUGGGACUGUAGCAGAUUCUCGCGAGUCCACCAGAGCAACAAAGGCCCGUUUCCGUCGAAUCUCUCAAGUUCAUAAGCCCUCUUCCUCUCCUUUGCAUUCUUUUGUAUCCCAAGUACUAUACUGCAGGAGGCUGUAAUCUCUUUAAUGUGUGGACAAUAGAUUCUUUGGGGAAGUGAAUUCCCACAAAGACUAUACACUAUACAUGUUCUUGGUGAAUAAAUUCCCUCGUGGAUUAAUAAAGUGAUGUGAUAUCGCGAUGUGUGUAUUAAGUAUACUUAAUUAAUUGACUGUUUAAAAAUGUUACUAAACAUGGGUGCUCCAGUAACGACUUCCCAGUGAAGUGACUUGGCCUUUUUCCGGCGUUUCCAUGCAAAUUAUUCUCAUUUUUAUCAUUUACAUAGACACUUACUUGCGCGAAUAAAAAGCCAUUGCUACUCUUCCCCGGCAGCUUCAUCGUCUGCCCAGUAUCUUUCCAAGCACCGUCUGCGUGUUUUUCUCUUCCACCUCACUGCCUUCAUUUCAUGCGCAUUCCAACGAUCUCUGGCUUGGGUGUUUUUAAUAUAAACAACAACCGUACAAUUCCUACGGAAAAAUGGGAGUCUCAGUAAAUUUGAUUAAACUGAUUGUGCCGAAGUUGCUGCCCUUCUUCGUUACUUUUGUACUCUACUUCAUCCUCUCAACUUAUGACACUCGUUCAGAGAUUUGGUCCACUGUGGUCAAAUGCGCUCCCAUCUACUCCCUCAUACUCUUCAUCCUCCUGUACGGUGUGCGCAACACAGAUGCUUCUUAUACAUACAAAAUCCUUGCUGGAUUAUUCUUCAGCAGCAUCGGUGAUCUCUUGCUCAACAUCAACCUUUUCGAAUAUGGAGUCGUGGCCUUUGCUGUAGCCCAAGUAGCCUUUAUCGCUGCCUUUGGCUUCCAACCACGACGCUGGGAUAUUGGAUUAGCAAUGAUCGGGGCAUCUUUGGGAGCUCUAUCCGUUAUCCUUCGAUCCAUCAACAGCACAGUUCUGCGACUCGGUCUGCCCAUCUACUCCCUACUCCUCAUCACGAUGGCCUGGCGAGCCGUGGCAAGAGCUUCCACUGAUAAAAAGGAACUACCCAAGAUCUUAGGGGCAAUUGGAGGUGUUCUUUUUGUCAUCUCAGACGGAUUUCUUGCAUUUAACAAAUUCUACGUUAACAUUCCUUAUGCUGUGAUUCUAAUAAUGGUACCGUACUACCUAGCUGAAUGUGGAAUAGCCCUCAGUGUUGUCGAUUACAAAUAUUUGCCCGUUCAGUAAGCCACAAAAAAAAACGAAAAAGAAAAAGCUCAUGUAGAUGAUUUUGUGAAACUCUUUGUCUUCCACAUCCUCUUCUCUCCAUUGUUGAUAUCAUUUUAGUUUGAGAUUAUUUGACAGUGCAAUCUCUCUUGAAUUACAACAAUAAAGAAUACUUUCAGUAAAAA